AUGGGUCUGCUCGCGGCCCUCUCACAGUCGGCCGAGCGCCUCCUUGGUUCUCUACCGACCUGGCAACUCGGCCUCCUCGGCUUUACCGCCUUCCUUGUGCUCUCCGUGACAUGGAAUGUUGCGAGACAACUGUUUUUUAAAGAUAAGAAUGCGCCGCCGGAAGUGUGGAGUUGGUUUCCCGUGAUCGGAAACACGAUAUGGUACGGCAUGGACCCUUUCGACUUCUUCUUCACAUGCAAAGCGAAAUACGGCGACGUCUUCACCUUCAUCCUGCUCGGGCGACGAGUCACCGUCUGUUUGGGAACCAAGGGCAACGAAUUCAUUUUGAAUGGCAAACUGAAGGACGUGAAUGCUGAGGAGAUAUACACCGGAUUGACUACACCGGUGUUUGGAGAGGGCGUGGUGUACGACUGCCCCAACUCAAAAUUGAUGGAACAAAAGAAAUUUGUGAAAUUCGGCCUCACAAUGGAGGCAUUUCAAUCCUACGUCGACUUGAUCGCGAGUGAGACCAAGUCAUUCGUGGAGAAGGGCAACCCCUUCCGGUCUCAUUCUGGGAAAAUCGACGUUGCUCCCGCAAUGGCUGAAUUGACAAUCUACACGGCGUCACGAUCGCUCCAGGGCCCUGAAGUGCGGGCCAAAUUCGACUCGACUUUCGCCGACCUGUACCAUGACUUGGAUAUGGGGUUUUCGCCCAUCAACUUCAUGCUCUCGUGGGCACCUCUCCCGCAUAAUCGCAAGCGAGAUAUUGCACAGAGAAAGAUGGCCGACACGUACAUGGAGAUUAUCAAGCAACGACGAGCUGCUGGUGGCAAACGAGAGAAGGGAGAUCAAGACAUGAUUUGGAAUUUGAUGGGCUGCGUCUACAAGGACGGCACACCUGUUCCGGACAGAGAAGUGGCGCAUAUGAUGAUUGCGCUUUUGAUGGCGGGCCAGCACUCAUCUUCCUCGACUUCGGCCUGGAUUCUAUUGAGACUGGCGACGAGACCAGAUAUCCAAGAGGAGUUGUUGGAGGAGCAGAAACGCGUACUGGGGGAGGACCUACCAACCUUGACGUACGACAACCUCCAGAAACUCAGCCUCAAUGCCAAAGUUGUCAAGGAGACGCUGAGAUUACAUGCUCCAAUCCACAGCAUUCUUCGCAAGGUCAAGUCACCGAUGACGAUCGUGGCAGAUACGCCGACCUCGACAAAGACUUAUCGGAUACCCACCACCCAUACCCUCCUCUCCGCGCCCGGUGUGACCUCGCGAGAAUCCGAGUUCUUCCCUGAACCCAUGAAAUGGGAACCACAUCGCUGGGACGAAGGCCAUCCCCUUGCGUACACACGAAUGGGCCUGGACAAAGAAGAAUUCGAAGACUAUGGAUACGGCAUGGUCAGUAAGGGAGCUUCUUCACCUUAUCUUCCGUUUGGCGCGGGCCGACAUAGGUGUAUUGGCGAGCAAUUCGCCUAUGUACAGCUAGGGGCCGUGCUCGCGACGAUGGUGAGGUUGGUGAAAUUUCAGCAGAUUGAGGGCACGGAGUUAGUGCCCACAGACUACUCGAGUUUGUUUUCGAGGCCAAUGGCGCCGGCUGUGGUGGAAUUUGAGAAGAGGGAGAAGGCAUGA